ACCCCGGACAAAAGCCGGGGCUGGGGCGGCAGCUGAAGGCACAAGGUCCUAGGGGCGAGCAGGCGGACUAGUGGUUGCAACUAGGCCUUCGGAGGGACUAAUACCGACAGGCGGCCGCAGAGAGGCAGUGUCUGUCCCUCUUACAGCCAUGUCAGCCAAGGCAAUAUCGGAACAGACGGGGAAAGAGCUUCUCUACAAGUACAUCUGUACCACAUCAGCGAUCCAGAACCGAUUCAAGUAUGCUCGGGUCACCCCUGACACCGACUGGUGCCACCUGCUGCAGGACCACCCCUGGCUCAUUAGCCAGCAAUUGGUGGUCAAGCCAGAUCAGCUGAUCAAGCGUCGAGGGAAGCUAGGCCUGGUUGGAGUCAACCUCAACUUAGAUGGUGUCAAGUCCUGGCUGAAGACCAGGCUUGGAAAAGAGAUCACGAUUGGCAAGGCCAAGGGCAUCCUUAAGAAUUUCCUCAUCGAACCCUUUGUCCCUCACACUCAGGCCGAAGAGUUCUACGUCUGCAUCUAUGCCACUCGAGAAGGGGACUAUGUCCUGUUCCAUCAUGAGGGUGGGAUGGACGUUGGGGAUGUUGACACCAGUGCCCAGAAGCUGCUGGUUGGAGUAAAUGAGAAACUGCACCCUACUGACAUCAAGCAACAUCUGCUGACUCAUGUCCCUGAGAGCAAGAAAGAGAUCUUGGCCAGCUUUAUUUCAGGACUCUUCAACCUCUAUGAAGACCUCUACUUCACCUACCUUGAGAUCAACCCCCUUGUUGUGACAAAGGAUGGCGUCUAUAUCCUGGACUUAGCUGCCAAGAUUGAUGCCACAGCUGACUACAUCUGCAAAGUGAAAUGGGGAGACCUGGAAUUUCCUCCCCCCUUUGGGCGGGAAGCUUAUCCAGAGGAAGCCUACAUUGCUGACUUAGAUGCCAAAAGUGGGGCGAGCUUGAAGCUGACCUUGCUUAACCCCAAGGGAAGGAUUUGGACGAUGGUGGCUGGAGGUGGUGCCUCUGUUGUAUACAGUGACACAAUCUGUGACUUGGGGGGUGUAGAGGAACUGGCUAAUUAUGGGGAGUACUCAGGAGCCCCCAGUGAGCAGCAAACCUAUGACUAUGCCAAGACCAUCCUCUCCCUCAUGACCCGGGAGAAGCACCCACAAGGCAAAAUACUCAUCAUUGGAGGCAGCAUUGCAAACUUCACUAAUGUUGCGGCCACCUUUAAGGGCAUCGUGCGGGCAAUUCGAGAUUACCAAGGUCCCCUGAAGGAGCAUGAGGUCACCAUCUUUGUUCGAAGGGGUGGUCCUAACUACCAGGAAGGCUUACGGGUGAUGGGAGAAGUUGGGAAAACCACUGGGAUCCCCAUCCAUGUCUUUGGCACCGAGACUCACAUGACUGCCAUUGUGGGCAUGGCCCUAGGAUACCGGCCCAUUCCAAACCAGCCUCCCACUGCUGCCCACACGGCCAACUUCCUCCUCAAUGCCAGUGGCAGCUCUUCGACGCCAGCCCCCAGCAGGACGGCAUCUUUUUCUGAAUCCAAGGCUGAUGAUGUGGCACCUGCAAAGAAGGCCAAACCAGCUGCAACCCAAGAUUCAGUCCCAAGUCCAAGAUCCCCGAAAGGAAAGGCCACAACCCUUUUCAGCCGACACACUAAGGCGAUCGUUUGGGGCAUGCAGACACGCGCUGUGCAGGGCAUGCUCGACUUCGACUACAUCUGUUCCCGUGAUGAGCCCUCAGUGGCUGCCAUGGUCUAUCCUUUCACUGGGGACCACAAGCAGAAAUUCUACUGGGGCCACAAGGAGAUUCUGAUCCCUGUUUUCAAGAAUAUGGCAGAUGCCAUGAAGAAGCACCCUGAGGUCGACGUGCUCAUCAACUUUGCUUCCCUCCGCUCUGCCUAUGACAGCACCAUUGAGACCAUGAAUUAUGCCCAGAUUCGUACAAUUGCCAUCAUUGCUGAAGGGAUCCCUGAAGCUCUCACCAGAAAACUGAUUAAAAAGGCAGAUCAGAAGGGAGUGACCAUCAUAGGACCUGCUACUGUUGGCGGGAUUAAACCUGGGUGCUUUAAAAUUGGAAACACUGGUGGAAUGCUGGACAACAUUUUGGCGUCUAAACUGUACCGGCCUGGCAGUGUGGCCUAUGUUUCCCGCUCUGGGGGCAUGUCCAAUGAGCUGAACAAUAUCAUCUCCAGGACCACAGAUGGUGUCUAUGAGGGUGUGGCCAUUGGGGGGGACAGAUACCCAGGCUCAACAUUCAUGGACCAUGUUUUGCGUUAUCAAGACACUCCAGGAGUGAAGAUGAUUGUGGUGCUUGGGGAGAUAGGGGGCACUGAGGAGUAUAAGAUCUGUCAGAGUGUCAAAGAAGGCCGGAUCACAAAGCCUGUUGUCUGCUGGUGUAUUGGUACCUGUGCCACCAUGUUUUCUUCUGAGGUGCAAUUUGGCCACGCCGGUGCUUGUGCCAACCAGACCUCAGAAACAGCCGUGGCAAAGAACCAGGCCUUGAAGGAGGCAGGAGUCUUUGUGCCCUGGAGCUUUGAUGAGCUCGGAGAAAUCAUUCAGAAUGUGUAUGAAGAUCUUGUUGCCAAAGGAGUCAUUGUACCUGCUCAGGAAGUCCCUCCCCCCACUGUGCCAAUGGAUUAUUCCUGGGCCCGGGAGCUAGGCUUAAUCCGUAAACCAGCUUCCUUCAUGACCAGCAUCUGUGAUGAACGAGGGCAGGAGCUCAUCUACGCAGGCAUGCCUAUCACCGAGGUCUUCAAAGAGGAGAUGGGCAUUGGAGGAGUCCUGGGACUGUUGUGGUUUCAGAGGAGGUUGCCUAAAUAUUCUUGCCAGUUCAUUGAGAUGUGCCUGAUGGUGACGGCUGAUCAUGGUCCUGCUGUCUCAGGGGCCCACAAUACCAUUAUCUGUGCCCGAGCUGGGAAAGACCUAGUCUCUAGCCUUACGUCAGGGCUACUCACAAUUGGAGACCGCUUUGGGGGUGCUUUAGAUGCAGCAGCCAAGAUGUUCAGCAAAGCCUUUGACAGCGGCAUCAUCCCCAUGGAGUUUGUGAACAAGAUGAAGAAGGAAGGAAGACUUAUCAUGGGGAUUGGUCACAGAGUCAAGUCAAUAAACAACCCAGACAUGAGGGUUCAGAUCCUUAAAGAUUACGUCAAACAACACUUCCCCGCCACCCCCCUUCUGGAUUAUGCGCUCGAGGUGGAGAAGAUCACCACUUCCAAGAAGCCAAAUCUUAUCCUGAAUGUCGAUGGUUUUAUUGGAGCUGCAUUUGUGGAUAUGCUUAGGAACUGUGGCUCUUUUACCAGGGAGGAAGCUGAUGAAUAUAUUGAUAUCGGAGCCCUCAACGGUAUUUUUGUCCUAGGAAGAAGUAUGGGUUUCAUUGGGCAUUAUCUAGAUCAGAAGAGGCUGAAACAGGGUUUGUACCGGCAUCCUUGGGAUGAUAUUUCAUAUGUUCUCCCGGAACACAUGACCAUGUAACAGGACAAGGAGCCUCAUUCCAAGAGGGGGAAAGAGAAAACCUCUCCCUAAGAUACAGUGCACACGCUUAGCACUGGAGACUGCUACCAGAUGGACUGGAGCUUCAAGGAGCCAUUGGUGUACAGAAAUUAGAGACCAACAUGUAUCUAUCUCUAUAAGCUAACCCAGUUAAACUCACACAGAGAAGCUUAAUAUUUUUUUUAUAAGCAUAGAAGUGGAAGCAAAUAAAGCCAAUACUUGUGAUGUUUCAUAUGCUACCUGCUGUAUUUAUUACAUGGAAGCAACUGAGCACUGUCUGUAUGCAUUUUAUUUCCUCAUUGUAGAGUGUGUGUUUUUGUGUGAUUAUGUUGGCUUAUUUUUAUUUUCUUUUCCAUUAAAAAAAAUAACUUGGCUUUAUCCUUUCCUUGGAGGAGAGGAAGGAAUUCUGCUUAAAAACUGGACAGCUAGAUUAACAUGAAAAGAACUUAGAGUAUCCUAUUUCUCCACAUAUGCCUUGUCCUCCUCCUCCUAGAACAUGAAGAGCAUUGUUUGUGUUCAUCUCUGAUUUGGGGGACCUUUUGUUAUUAUUAUUAUUAUUGUCAUUGUUUCUGAUAUGCUGUAUGUAAAAGGUUUAUUGAUAUGUCCUCUCUGUGUGUUCAGUACUGCAUUUCCAAGUCUGCUCGUGUGUGUUGCAGGGACAGGGGACCGUGGCCACCUCAGCCAGUGUCAUGCCAAAACAUGUGAUGUGGUAGUUUAAAGUGUAAAGUUGUAACAUACAAAAACUGUGAAAAGACCAGUAUCUUACAUACUUUGUAUUUAUGCAGCGAUGGCUGAAUUAUUGUUCCAUGGAUCAUUAGCUCUUGUGGCUGCACAAUCUGUGUAUGUAAAAUGCAAAAGAUUCUGGAUAGCUGAAUAUCCUUUUGGUCCCUUCUCUGUAUUAUCAUAGUCUGAUUUAAAUAAACAGUACAGUAACAACAAAA